AUGAGAAUGUUUCUCAACUGCUUCAGAUGCGAGCAGCGGAACCGCAAGCAGGCCGUUCUCGAAGCUAGCACAGACAUUGGCGCCGACGUCGAAGGCCCCGACAUGGACGACACCGCCAUAGUCCCUGCUAAAGGUUUCCUUGGUAGUUCUACCACUCGGCUACCAACAUACGAAUCCAAGGACAGUCCUCGUCAACAUCGCUCCCGUGCAGAUUAUGUCCGGUUAAGUAUCAAGGAUGUCUUGUCGACCAUGCGUAAAGAAUCACAUCUUGCACGCUGCAUCCUUUUUGAAACUGCCCGUCUCCAGAAAACCUCACCUUCUGUGAAGUCAUUAAAGCUUCCCCAAGACGCCCGCAUCCUCGAUAUACAAUUUCUUGAAUUGGAAAAGGUCUUACUAAACGGUAACGAACUGAUACGCGGCCCUCGGAGCGAUAAACAUCGGGAGAAGCAAAAUCUCAUAAUCAAAGGAAAACCGUUUAAGAAAGCCCUUCGGACAGCAAAGAGGUCACUUCUGGAGUUGGAAAGAUCUUUCAAUGAUCAAAUUCUGUGCGAGCUAGAGAAUGGCAUGCAGCGCGAAGAAAGCGUUGACUACCAACAGAUCGAUGAGAAAAUGAGAAUUUUGAGGAUGGAGCUUCAGAAGGUUUACAAGGAAGUGAAGAGUGCAUACGAUUCCGAGAAGAAAAGACAAGGGCGAGAUCGGCGUGCCCAAACUGAAAGCUCGGGAGCAAAACAAGAUUCAUAG